CUAAAAUAUUGAAUCCUUUCCUCUGCUAUCAUCCGAUACAACAUCUAUUCAAAAAUACGUUCGUUCAUUUAAUGACGAAAAUCAUGUACCUGUAGUACGAGACGAUAAAGUUCGAAAUAUUUUAGUAGCGAAUUAAUUCUAUUUCUUGUAUCUCGAAUAACAUUAUUUUCAUCAAAUAUGGAUAAAAGAAAAAUGUCGACAGCAGGGGAUUCCCUGUACCAAAUUUUAGAGAUUCCAAAAACUGCCACUCCUGAAGAAAUUAAGAGGACUUACAGAAAGUUGGCGUUAAAAUAUCAUCCUGAUAAAAAUCCAAAUAAUCCAGAAGCAGCAGAAAAGUUUAAAGAAAUAAAUAGGGCACAUGCUAUAUUAACAGAUUUAACUAAAAGAAAUAUAUAUGAUAAUUAUGGAUCACUUGGACUAUAUGUUGCCGAACAAUUUGGUGAAGAAAAUGUCAAUGCAUACUUUGUUGUCACUUCUGGUUGGUGCAAGGCACUCUUCAUAUUUUGUAGUUUGAUAACUGCGUGUUAUUGUUGUUGUUGCUGCUGUUUUUGCUGCAAUUUCUGCUGUGGUAAAUUCAAGCCAACACCACCGGAAGACAGUGGAGCAUACCACAAUUUACAGCGGGACCAGAACCCAGAGGCAAAUGUCGUGACGAAUCAGCCCAGAGGCCUGGUUAAGGUAAGUCUUCUUUGGUAUCAGUGGUUCUUUUAAUCCUCUAAAUUUACGAAAUUCUACGAAAGAUGUGAUUGGAUUUUGUUUUAAUUUUGUU